CCCAUUCCUUCUCAGGUCAGCGGUUGCGUCUUCUACAAAGCCUCCCGUAAAAAUAGUUUUCUUCUUUCAGAAUGUUUCAUCUGCUCUUUUAGCCUUUUAAACCCACAGAUAUGGCAGAAAAUGGGGUAAAAAGAGAGAAUGCUGCUUCAGGCUCUUCAUCCUCUAACCCUCAAUCACCGACAUCUUCAACAACUCCAGCUGUGAAGAAAAAAAAGCCUGAAGAUUUCAAGUUUGGAAAGGUUCUUGGUGAAGGGUCAUUUUCAACU